AUAUUUACCCUUACACCGAGAAAAUAAUUUGACCGUUGGAGAAGCUCCCCUUUUUCAAAAGAAGGAAAAAGGAGCGCUCAGGAGAAGAGUUUCAUCGAUCUUUUCUCUCCGACGAACGCAAAUCACAAUUCCGUCGAAGAUUUCGAUCGAAACCCAGGAAAUGGAAUCGCCGCAGGAGAAGAAAUCGGGCCUGAAUCUGCCGUCGGGGAUGAACCAGGCCUCCCUUCGGCUCGAGACAUUCUCGAGCUCGUUCCGAGGGAUCUCGACUUUGUCUUCACCUUCGAAAUCUACCUGCAGCGACCGAUUCAUACCCUGUAGAUCCUCGUCUAGGUUCCACGCCUUCGGGCUGACGGAAAAGGCGUCUCCGGCGAAAGAGGGAGGCAACGAAGCCUAUUCAAGGUUGUUGAAAUCCGAGCUUUUUGGACCUGACUUCGGUUCUUCUUGUUUGUCUCCUGCAGGUUGUCAGGGAUCUGUCGGUUCCCCCAUGAGUCCGAGCACGAACAUGUUCCGGUUCAAGACAGAUCACUCCAAUUCCAGUCCUAAUUCCCCAUUUUCGCCUUCCAUUCUCGGCAACAAUAAUGGCUUCUCCUCCGAGGCGUCUCCCCCUCCUAAACCCUCCCGAAAAGUUCCUAAAACGCCUCACAAGGUCUUGGACGCGCCAUCGCUUCAGGAUGAUUUCUACCUGAACCUCGUGGACUGGAGCUCGCAGAACGUUCUGGCCGUUGGGCUUGGAACUUGUGUAUAUCUUUGGACCGCUUCUAACAGCAAAGUUACAAAGUUAUGUGACUUGGGUCCUAACGAUAGCGUUUGCUCGGUUCAAUGGACAAGAGAAGGUUCCUAUAUGUCGAUCGGUACGAGUCUUGGCCAAGUUCAGGUUUGGGAUGGAACACAAUGUAAGAGAGUUCGGACAAUGGGAGGACACCAGACAAGAACAGGUGUCUUGGCUUGGAACUCAAGGAUCUUAUCGUCAGGGAGCCGAGACCGAAACAUUCUUCAACAUGACAUCCGAGUUCAGAGCGACUAUAUCAGCAAGCUCGUGGGUCACAAGUCCGAGGUUUGCGGGCUGAAAUGGUCUCACGACGAUAGAGAGCUCGCAUCCGGCGGGAAUGACAAUCAGCUGCUGGUGUGGAACAAUCAUUCUCAGCAACCAGUUUUGAAACUGACCGAACACACAGCGGCGGUUAAGGCCAUCACUUGGUCCCCUCAUCAAAGCAACCUCCUUGCAUCUGGAGGUGGAACCGCGGAUAGGUGCAUCAGAUUCUGGAACACAACCAAUGGACAUCAGUUGAACAGCAUUGACACUGGUAGCCAGGUCUGCAAUCUGGCGUGGAGCAAGAACGUGAAUGAGAUCGUGAGCACUCACGGGUAUUCUCAGAACCAAAUCAUGCUGUGGAAGUAUCCAUCCAUGGCAAAGGUUGCGACCCUGACCGGGCACUGUAUGAGGGUACUUUAUCUCGCAGUGUCGCCCGAUGGCCAGACUAUAGUGACAGGAGCAGGGGAUGAGACGCUACGCUUUUGGAACGUCUUCCCGUCUGUGAAAGCUCAGACACCGGUGAAAGACACAGGUCUCUGGUCGCUAGGCAGGACGCAGAUCCGGUGAUAUAUAUGUAGCAAGUGAACAUCCUUUCUCACUGUAAAUAUAACACGUGAAUUAUUGGAAAUAUUUUUCUAUUAUUGAUGAUCGAAUGAUACAAUAGAAUAUUUUAUGUAUAAUAUGUAGGAUAAAUCAUAGCAAUAUUAAUGAUAAUAUUGUAGGAAUAAUAUA